UAGUUCCCAUAAUGUAAUAGUGCAGCUCCCACACGGCUUCCCAUCAGAUCAGCCCUCUGUCAGUCACAUGGUGCUCUGUUGUUUCUGUUUUUUCACACACAAUAGAGGACGGCAAACUGCACGCUAAAGGAAGAUCACUCCAAGAUUUAUCUCCAUCCACUGAAAAACAACCGUUGCAUCUUUUCUGACUCUGGAAACGGGCUUUUAGCGCAUGUUCGCCUUGUUUUGCAGCGCUAUGAAGUGAAACUCCGCCAUAUUCACCGCACCACGCCCGGAGAACAGCCUCUGCUUCUUAAGUUGUUUGCACAAACUUUACUUCCUCAUCACAAGAGAGAAACAAGGUGCAAUUUUCCCCCGGUAGAGAUGACUCUGAGCUCGGUGGGGGCCUGCUGCCUCAGCCCGGAGGCCAAAGAGGCGAGGCGGAUCAACGACGAGAUCGAGAGGCAGCUGCGCCGGGACGAGAGGGACUCCAGGCGGGAGUACAAGCUGCUGCUGCUUGGGACUGGUGAGAGUGGGAAGAGCACCUUCAUAAAGCAGAUGAGGAUCAUCCACGGCCGGGGCUACAGUGAUGAGGACAAGAGAGGGUUCUCCAGGCUGGUUCACCAGAACAUCUUCACUGCCAUGCAGGCCAUGGUCCAGGCGAUGGAGGCCCUGCAGAUCCCCUACACACACACACACAACCAGGCGAACGCCACUCUGGUGUGCGGGGUGGAUGUGGAGCGAGUCACGACUCUUCCUCAGCCGUACGCCGACGCCAUCAAGAGUCUGUGGAGCGACGCGGGGAUUCAGGAGUGCUACCAUCGCAAGAGGGAGUACCAGCUCUCUGACUCCGCCAGAUACUAUCUGGAUGAAAUGGACCGGAUCAGCGACGCCUCUUAUCUGCCGACUCAGCAGGAUGUUCUGAGGGUCCGGGUGCCGACCACCGGGAUCAUCGAGUACCCCUUCGACCUGGAGGACGUGGUGUUCAGGAUGGUGGAUGUGGGGGGGCAGCGGUCGGAGAGGAGGAAGUGGAUUCACUGUUUUGAGGAAGUGACGUCCAUCAUCUUCCUGGUGGCGCUCAGCGAGUACGACCAGGUGCUGGUGGAGUCCGUCAACGAGAACCGCAUGGAGGAGAGCAUGGCGUUGUUCCGCACCAUCAUCAACUACAAGUGGUUCCACCGCUCCUCCGUCAUGCUGUUCCUCAACAAGAUCGACCUGCUGGAGGACAAGAUCAUGUACUCUCACCUGGUCGACUACUUCCCCGAGUAUGACGGUCCUCAACGGGAUGUGAAAGCGGGGAAAGAAUUCAUCUUAAAUAUGUUUGUCAGUCUCAAUCCGAACGAGAAGAAAGUCAUCUACUCCCACUGCACCUGCGCCACAGACACAAACAACAUUCGAUUUGUCUUCAGAGCGGUGAAGGACUACAUCUUGCAAAUCAACCUGGAAGUCUACAACCUGGUGUAAACGCUAUAAUUCAAUCUGCUUUCGUACAGCCUGCUGCGAGCUCUGCAAACUCCUGCUGCUGCCGAACACUAUAAUCCACAACAGGAAAACUGAGAAGCC